AUAUUUGAAAAAGAUUUGCUUCUUACUGAACAUGCAAAGAGGGUUUUUGUGGUUUUUUUUUUUUUUGUUAUUGUUGUUGUUAUUACUUCCUAAACAAUACGGUAUAACAGCUUUGUUUAGCAUUUACAUUGUAUUAGGUAGAAUAAGUAUUCUAGAAAUGAUUGACCACAUAAGGGAAUAUGUGUGUAGGGUAUAUACAAAUGAUGCACCAUAAGAGAUUUACAGAUUUUGGUAUCUGCAUGGGGGCAGAAGAGGGCUCUGAGGAAUCACGUUCUGCUUAGUCUGGGUUAUCCAGCAUCCUGCCACAGCUCCAAAUUCAAAUGCCGCGAGCACUGACAAAGGCAAAGCUUCUUUGGGUUUCCACCAAAUAAAAUGUGAACCAAGCAGCAGUUUUCCUAAACCCAAGUGCUUUCUUUUCCAUUCCUUAACUCCUUCCCCCCAGAAUAUUCCUGUUUUCUGUCUUUUAAGGGAGACACGGUUUUUGCUUUCCUCAGACUCUCCAGGAAAUUCUGCCUGGAUGCUGUCUUCCUGCCCUGGUCCCUUGUCCACUUGGGUCCACUGCCAUCAAUGUCUCCAGCACACGUGUGUUUCUUACCAGCUCAAAUAGUGUGGUCACAAGUCCCACCGUUAAAGAAUCUCGCCCAUUCAACCUGUAACGUAGGGUUAAGCAAAGGUCUAGCCUUGGAGCCAGAGUGUGGAUACAAGCUUGUGAUCCAGCGUGCCCUUGCUGUGUGAACCUCAGGAAUUAUUGAACCUUUUCUGUGUCAACGCCACUCCCCUCCUUCAACCGUACAUGGGCUGUGAUAGGAAUUGCUUGAGGUUUAUGUAUAAAUUGCAUGUCAUGGGGCAUAUACAGUGCUUGAUAAACGCUAGCUGCUGAUGUUACUGUCAUGGCUGACCUCUUUGCUCCUUCUUGUGCUGUGUGACGAGGGUGACAGCCCUGUGGCAGGGAACAGAUAGGAGCAGUGGAAUUGGUGUGCUUCAGUAUCGAUUUUUACGUUUCCUGGAUGUAGCAGUUGCUUUUAAGGGGUUCUUGCAAUGGAGUUAAUAAACUUCCUUAGAUAUUUUAAACUGCACUUUUAAAUAAAUUCUGUAAGUUUUGCAACUGCAUGACUAAUGUAUAAAACCUUGCCAGGCACUUAGAACUUUUUAGUCAAACUAAUUAAUAGUAUAGAUAAGGAUCUCAAAGUCUGCUAUGAUACUGUUUAUAGACCAAAAAAUUCUCACACUUUUCAACUUAAAGACUAAACUAAUUGACUACACAUUUUAAAUUGGAAUCAUAGGCGCUCGCUUUGGCAGCACAUAUACUGAACUUGGAAUCAUAAGCUGAAUCAGACAAAAAUGCUAAGUUCUUGGGGCUGACAUUAUGGUACAGCCACAGCCACUGCCUGUGACACUAGUAUCCUGUAUUGGAGUGCCAGUUUGAGUCCUAGCUGCUCUGCUUCUGAUCUAGCUCCCUGCUAAUGUUUCUAGAAAAACAGCAGAAGAUGGCCAAAGUACUUGGAAACCUGCUACCUGCAUGGGAGACCCAGAGUUUCUGGCUCCUGGCUUCAGCCUGGACCAGCUCCAGCCAUUACAGCCAUUUGGGAAGUGAAGCAGUGAUGAUUCUGUCUCUGUCUCUCUCUCUCUCUCUCUUUCUCUCUGCCUUCCAAAUAAGUAAAACAAGUAUUUAAAAAUAAAAUUGUGAAUUCUUAAAUAUUGUAAAUGCUUUACCAAUUUGUACAGAUAAUUACAAAAUUUAACAUUAAAUAAUAGUAGCCUGCAUUUUUUUUAAAGAAUUAUUUAUUUGAAAGGCAGAGAGAGAGAUCUUCCAUCCACUGGUUCACUCUUCAAAUAGCCACAAUGGCCAGAGCUGAGCUGAUCUGAAACCAGGAGCAAGGAGCUUCUUCCGGGUCUCCCACGCAGGUACAGGGAACCAAACACUUGGGUCGUCUUCCACUGCUUUCUCAGGCCAUAGCAGAGAGCUGGAUUGGAAGUGAAGCAGCCAGGUCUUGAACCAGCGCCUGGGAUGCCGGAACUGCAGGCAGCAGCUUCACCCAGUAUUUCUGCUGCUAUAGCAAAAUGCUUUAGGUUGGAGAAUUUGUAGAAUAUACAGUGGGGCCAGUGUUAUGACAUAAUAUGUUAAGCUGCUGCCUGCAAUGCCAGCAUCCCAUAUGGGCACUGGUUCGAUUCCUGGCUGCUCCACUUCCAAUCCAGCUCCCUGCUAAUGUGCUUUGGUAAGCAGUGGAAGUAUUUGAGCCCCUGGGAGACCUGGCUGAAGCUCCUGGCUCCUGGCUUCUGGCUUCAGCCUGGCCCAGCCCUGGCCAUUGUGGCCAUUUGGGGAGUGGACCAGCAGGUGGAAGGUCUCUCUGUCUCUCCCUCUCUCAAUAUAACUGUGCCUUUCAAGUAAUAAAUAAAUAGACAAUAAAAAAAGAAUAUGCAUUUACUUUUCACAUUUCUGGAGGCUACAAAGUCCAAGAUCUAGUUGGCUUCAUCUGUUCUGUUUGCCUUGAAGGUGGCACCUUACUGUGUGGGAAGGGUGUAGAAAGGCAGAAAGGGACUAGGUGCUUCCUUCAACUCUUACAUAAGAACAUGAAUUCCACUCAUGAGGGUGGAAUCACCUCCCAAAGGCCUUAAGGCCCAAUGAUACUCUUUAAAAAAAAAUUUGAAAGGCAGAGUGACACAGGGAGGGACAAGGGAGGGAGGGAGAGAGAGCGAGCAAGCGAGCUGCUGCUGCAAUGUCCAGGACUGGGCCAGGUUGAACCCAGGAGCCAGGAGCACUUUGACUCUCUUCCACUGCUCUUUGAGGUACAUUAGCAGGGAGCUGGUUUGGAAAUGGAGCAGCCAAGAUUCCAAGUGGCGUGCUGACGUGGGGUGCCAGAGGCAGCUUCACCGCUGUAUCACAAUGCCGAUACCCCUCUGAAGCUCCUCUGAGUCCUGCUGAUUUUGGAACUAACUUUCAGGGAGAAUUUUGGAGGGACACACAGAUUCAAAUCCGCUAAGGAAGCAAUUUUACCACCCCCAGGCAGUUGGGGGUCCCUUCUUAGCAUAUGGAGACUGCAUGUGACCAAGUACUGAGAGCUGGGCACGAGGUCUGGGACACUCAGAGGCAGGGUGGUUCUGUUCAUGAUAAAGAGGGUUGAGCUUAAUCUCUGUUUGCAGGGGCUGUGCCCUUGGGCUUCUAGCCAGGCCCUCUAGAACUCUGGGUUCUAGAAACACCUGGCCUGAUCGUCACGGCUGGCUUGAGCCCACAGCAUGCAAACCAUGCUUGUAUCAUUGCAUUUCCAUCCAUUGUUUCUUUACAUUUCUCAUUGAACCUAUGAAUGCAACAACUCCACUUACCUUCUGAUUCCACACUAAAUCUUUUAUUUUUGUUCCCUCUGGACCAUCUGUAAUCUCCCUGAGCUUUGCUAGGCCCUGAGAUCAUCUCACACACCUGACCCUGUAGGGUGAAGGAGAGUGUGAUGAGGCAAACUUCAACAGGAACACACGCAGAGGUCCCUCAGAGGCUGAGCAAGAGUCCCUCCGUGGAAGGGGCAGGGAACACUCCAUGGAAGACAGAUUCUUAAAGCUGGGGCUUGAGGUUAGCCAGGUGCAGUGUGUGGAUGUGUACCCAUGGGUAAGGAGGAAGCAGUCAUUGACUGAAAAGAACAGCAAUGAGCAGAGGUCCUGGGGCAGGAAUGAGGAGGUGGCUGUCAGCUGGAGGCCAGGGUCAGCGUGCUGGGAGAGGGAGGAGUGAGGAAUUUCAACGUUACCUUGAGGUGGUGCGUGUGGGUUAGCACCUGAGCUUCACACAGGUUUGGCUUCAAAUAUGAGCACCGCCAUUCUUGGCUGUGAGUUGGACAAAUCUCCAAGCCUCUCUUUCUUAGCCUUAGUCUCUUUGUAAAUGGGGAUAAUGCUAGCAAUAGCAUUGUGGAACUGUGGUGAGGAAUUAACUGAUAUCUCAUUUAAUUUUAUCAGAUGCCUUGCCUGAGUCCCUACAUUUGUUUCCUGACUUAAUGAGAUCGUGGUCAUUCCUGAGAGGGAGGAAGGAUGCAUAUUUUUUUCAACAGUGGAAACAGUGGCUUAGAAAAGGAUGGAGACAUGGGGAGUGUCCUCAUUAUCUGGAAUGAAACUGACCUGUUUGGAAAAUGGGGCUGUUAUCCCUCUAAUCUGGUUCUUGGAAGUUCAGAUAGCAGCUUAGCGUCAGCGUGCUGAGGUGGAACUAAGAAUGAGUCGCUGCAUCUUCCCUGGUCUGUUGGGAUCCAGUGCAGGAGCUUAGUCCAAAACAAGGAGAGAGCAUGAAACGGGCUAUGAAGCAACAAGAAGAAGCAAUCCCCACCCUGCAGAGCGUGAACGACGAAGAAUACCCCCGUCAGCCUGCAGCAAAAGCCAAGGCCCACGAGGCAAAGAACAAAGCUCCAGGGAAACUCUUCCCACACUCGCCACUCUUCCGGCAGUGGGGUGAGGGUCUUUCCAAGGCCCAACAGCUAAAGGCCCAGGACCUCUUUGAGAAGUUUGGCUACAACGUGUACCUCAGUGACCAGCUGCCCCACAACCGCAGUAUCCCCGACACGCGCGACUCCAGGUGUCUUCAGAAGACAUAUCCUUCACCACUCCCAUCCCUCAGUGUUGUUCUCAUAUUCGUGAAUGAAGCGCUGUCUAUUAUACAACGGGCCAUCACCAGUAUCAUCAACCGGACCCCCUCUCAACUGUUGAAGGAGAUCAUCUUGGUGGAUGAUUUUAGCUCAAACAGAGAAUUAAAGGAAUAUUUGGAUGAGAGGAUCAAGCUUUACAAUCAAAAAUACCCAGGACUGCUGAAAAUAAUUCGCCAUACCAAGAGAAAGGGUCUUUCUCAAGCACGCAACACCGGCUGGGAAGCUGCCACGGCUGAUGUGGUCGCCAUCUUGGAUGCUCAUGUUGAAGUCAAUGUCGGAUGGGCAGAGCCCAUCUUGGCUCGGAUUCAGGAAGAUCGCACGGUGAUCAUUUCUCCUGUGUUUGACAACAUUCGCUUUGACACCUUCGUGCUGGAGAAGUAUGGCUUGGCCGUGGAUGGGUUCAACUGGGAGCUGUGGUGCCGCUACGAUGCACUGCCACAAGCCUGGCUUGAUCUCCAUGACACCACUGCUCCAGUGAAGAGUCCUUCCAUCAUGGGCAUCCUGGCUGCCAACAGGCUCUUCCUGGGAGAAAUUGGAGCCCUGGAUGGUGGGAUGCUGGUCUAUGGAGGAGAAAAUGUGGAACUUAGCCUGAGGGUGUGGCAGUGUGGAGGGAAGAUCGAGAUCUUACCCUGCUCCCGGGUUGCUCACCUAGAGAGACACCACAAGCCCUACGCCUUGGACCUGAUCCCUAUCUUGAAGCGCAAUGCUCUUCGAGUGGCUGAACUCUGGAUGGACGAGCACAAACACAUGGUCUACUUGGCCUGGAACAUUCCUGUCCAGAAUUCUGGCAUUGAUUAUGGAGACAUCUCUUCCAAAAUGGCACUCCGGGAGAAACUGAAAUGUAGAAGCUUUGACUGGUACCUGAAAAAUGUGUAUCCGAUCCUGAAACCAAUCCACAGCAUCGUGGGCUAUGGACAGAUGAAAAACUCAUUGGAUCAAAGUGUCUGCCUGGAUCAAGGGCCCAUUCCAGGCAACACCCCGAUCAUGCAUCAGUGCCACACUUUCAACCCACAGAAUGUCUACUACCACCUGACAGGGGAGUUCUACUUAGGACCGCUGAUUGCAGAAGCCAGGACUGAUGACCGCUGCCUGACAGAUCGUGGUGAUGGGGACAGACCCACACUGGAGGCAUGUUCCAUUGCAGCCCAGAAUGGGUGGCACAUUUAUUGGGAUUUUACACAGGGAAGCGCGGUCAUCAACAGGGGCACCAAACGGUGUCUGGAGGUGAAGAAGGACCCUUCAGGCACGUUCGUGCCUGUGCUCCGGACCUGUACCUCACAAGCAUGGAAAAUUCAGCACACUCUCAAAAACUGGGGCCUCCCUCCAAGCCAGUGAGCCUGGGAGAGGCUGCGCUGGGGACACCAGCUCUUCCAACUGGAACAGCUUCUACUCUCAAUGAUGCUCGAAGUGGGAGAGGGUGAGAGCACCCAAGUGUGCGUGUGUGUGCCCGUGCACGUGUGUGUGUGUGUGUGUGUGUGUGUGUGUGUGUGUCUGACUUCAGCAUGCAAUAUCCAGGGGUGCCUGCCGCCCGUGCACGUGUUGGGUGUCUGCAGGCGACCAGCGAGGAAGCUCCGAUGCUUCCUCCCUCACUUCCCGUGGAAGGUCGUGAUGUAUUUCAGACGCCGUUCUUGGAAACUCCUUGAAAUAACCAACAUCGUCUGGAGAGAAGGAGGAAGAUGGAAGUUGGUCUCUGACUGCUGCCAGCAGUGUUUAGCCUUCCUUGCCGACAGCUACUCUCAGCACCUGCCGGCACCUCCUCCCGCAGCCCAUCUGCUCGGAGGCGCCCCAGCCUGCCGUGGGGACGUUCCACGUGAGAGGCCGGGCCGUCCUCCGCCGGCAGCCCCACCCCUGCUCAGGUGGCACCAAUACCUCUGCUUUCUGAACUGUCCUGGGGCAUAUAGCACGUGGGCUCUACACACCCGCCACCUGUGCCCCCACAGCAGUUUUCUGGGGAUUACUGCUCUCUCCCGAACCUCAGGAAGUGCAGAGGCGAAUGAGGGAGAGAAGCCACCACAACCAUCCCGAGCUCUUCCAAGGGAUCGUGCAGAGAGAGCAGGAGAAAGAUGGGGGCCCAACCAAGUCUGCUCUAAGUGGUCAUGGUGCUGAGUGACUUGAUUACCCGUUUCCUCCCACUGCCCCCGUGAAUGACGGUGAAAAUUAGGCUUGAAACAAAGGGACGUCGCUUUUGGGGGCACAAAGAAGGAACUGCAGGCAAGAGUUUAAAACCCAGCCAGCCUCUCUUCUGGGUAAAUCUCUUCUCCCAGUUGGUGGGUUGGGAAGGUAUGUCCAGGACUGCCUCUUGGAAGAUCUUGGAGGAAGCAGAAUAUGUGUGUGUGUGUGUGUGUGUGUGGUAAUUUUGUGGGAGAGAAACCUGGCAGAUACUACCUUACCUUACCCAUCAAAUAUGCCCCUUCUUCACAGAGAUCCUUUUUCCCCUUAGUCCAUGCCGGGGUUACCCAGGAAUCAUGAAAUUUCCCAUUGGCCUUAAGUGGGACAGACACUGGCACCUGAGCACAGGAUUAAAGCAAUCAAGACCUCUUUUCAACUGUAGCCAGUAAAGCCACCGCCUGUAGUGCUGGCAUCCCGUGUGGGCGCUGGUUACAGUCCUGGUUGCUGCACUUCUGGUCCAGCUCUCUGCUAUGGCCUGGGAAAGCAGUAGAAGAUGGCCCAAGUGCUUGGGCCCUUGCACACACAUGGGAGACCUGGAAGAAGCUCCUGGCUCCUGGCUUUGGAUCGGCCCAGUUCCAGCAGUUGCAGCCAUCUGGGGAGUGAACCAGAGGAUGGAAAACCUCUCUCUCUCUCUGUGUGUGUGCCUCUGCCUCUCUGUAGCUCUGCCUUUUAAAUCAAUCAAUCAAUCUUUUUUUUUUAAAGAAAGACUUUUCUCAAGAAAACGAAGUUUUCAAAGUCUUAAGUGUGCAGCUGGAUAAAGAUUUCACAAAGAGCACAUCCAUCCCAAGAACUGAAACAAGCCCACAGAGGAGAGUUUAUUAGGGAACCAUGCAGGCUCACCGUGAACGUCCAGCACAUAUGUGACUUCUCACUUCUGCCCGGCAUGCAGCAAGCAAAAUGCAAUCGAUGGUAAGCCCUGAAAAGAACGUGAACCUAGCAGAGAAGUGGACACAAGCCACCAUAUCCCGACACAUCUGGGACGAUGUCUAACCGCACUCAGAGAGAGAUUCAAGUUAAAACCACUGAGAUAAUUUUCACUUAAAUUGGGGGAAAUGGCAAAGUAUGAAAAAGCGUUUUUUUGGUCAGGACUGUGGGAAACAGGCUACCUCGUUUGUUGGUAGCAGAGACGAAAGCUGGUACAAUCUUGUUAGUGGGGAUAUUUGCUGCAAUCUCAAAGCACUACGGUAUAGUUCCUGUUCAUGCCCGUAAAGAUCAAAGAAUACUUAUGCACCAAAUAAUUCUCUGCAGUAUUGAUUGUAAAUGAAAAAUGUAGGAAGCAAACUAUAUUCCCAAACAUCAGAGACUGGUUAAAUGCAUCCAACAAAUAGAGUUCUAGGCAGCUAUUAAAAAAAUGAAAAGAAAGAUCUCUUUGAACUGAUAUGGAGUGAUUUCCAGUAUAUUUCUAUUUUGUUUAUAGAAAAAUAGGAUUUAUGAUAUGUAUCUUUUAGAUAAGAAAUAAGGGGAAAAUAUAUAUGUGUCAAUAUGCAAGUUUCUGUUGGCUCUGUACAAUGAAACAUAAGGAAAAUAAACCAGAAACUGAUGAGCUGGGUUGUAAUGGGUGGUCGUGGUUGGGAACGGGGCAAAGGACUGGAGAAAAAGUAGGAUAGAAGAGAUGUAGAUACUUCUCUUAAGUAUGUACUUUUUCUAUAAUUUCAACUUUUAGAGCCAUGUUCCAUAUAUUCAAAUGUAUGGAUUAUGAACCAAAACAGGUGACCCUAACUAUAUCCUUGUACUUUAAAUGAACACACACAGAGCACACUUAGCAUCAAGCAUCCAGAUUUUGGUUUCUAAAUAUUUUCCAAUAAAAGGAAUUGGGGCUCCUUGGAGAAAUUGCUAAGUUUAGGGCUGGGGCUGGGACAUCUUCCUGUGUUAGAAAGUGAGGCGCUGCUCCAAGAAUGAUGAGGACACAUCCCAUACCACAGCAGCCACGUCGAAGGCGCUCCCACCAGACAGACUGGGCUAAGCUGAGCAUUAAAAUCUUUAAUUAUGUUAAUAUAUUAUAAGCCAUAAAAUCCAUGGGUCCAUCCAGUUGAAGGAACAAAUGCAUGAAUGAAUGAAAAGAAAGAAAUCUUUUCCUUAUGGUAGGAUGGCAACUAAUAAAGGCAGAAGUUAUUACAUAACUAGAAAACCACCAUCAGUACCCACCCUAUUAAAAUCUUUCAGGCAACAGUCAUUAAUGGGGGCUGGCGUUGUGGUGCAGGGGGUUAAGCUACCCCCUGUGAUGCUGAUAUCCCUUAUGGGGGCCUGUUUGAGUCCAGGCUGCUCUGCUUCUGAUCUGGCUCUCUGCUAAUGUACCUGGGAAAACAGAAGCUGACCCAAGUGUUUGGUCCCCUGUAUCCACAUGGGGGAUCCAGAUACAGGUCCUGGCUCCUGGUUUUGGCCUGGCCCAGCCCUGGUGGUUGUGACCACCUGGGGAGUGAACCAGAGAAUGGAAGACCUCUCUCUCUC